AUGAAAGCCACCACUCAAUUGACGUUGCUGCUGCUAGGAUCCAUCGCCAUUGUGGCCGUAUCCGGUUGCAGUGUGGCUAACAACGACGGAGCCGAACAACGGGAAGCUUUGUUGGCUGACCCAACGGCGAUCCCGGUGCGAAGCUUUAAGGAUUACAGCGUGGAAGAUAUCUACACCGAAUGCAAUAAAACGUUCGCGAUAUCGAUGGAUUACCUGAACGAGAUGAAUGAUACCGGAAGCUUUCCGGAUGAAACGGAUAAAACUCCGAUGUGCUUUAUCCGGUGUUUCUUGCAGAAAGGCGGGAUCGUUACCGAAGAUGAUAAGGUAAACAAGGAGCAAGCCGUAACCGUAGGAUGGGUUAAGAACGGUGAAGCAAUCGACGAUUGUUUACAGGAAAUGACGGGAAAUCCAUGCGAACGAGCGUAUUUCUUGACGCGAUGCGUUAGCACUCGCCAUCUCGUUGAAGGAAGAAGCAAAGACAACAAAAAAUGA